CGACUGGUUGUGCUUGGUACUCAAAUCACGCGCACCACCGUCGCCAUGUGUGUUAUUGGUGUAAGCACUGUGCCGUGGAAUCGCUGAUCUCGCGACUGGCGCUCAUCAUCUGAUGGUUCGUUUCUGGGUAUUCGGCGGCAUCGCGCAAGGAUGCCCUGGCUCAGGCUCGCUGUUUGCAUUCGCAGCGGGCCCAUUCCUCCUGGACAUGAAGAUCUCGAUCGGCGAUCGCUCUGUCGGCACAGCUCGGGCUUGCGCAUGCGAUGUGAGAGCAGCACUUCGAUCUAUCGCGGCGUUGAACAUCAUGGCUCGUACCUUCAAGGUCGCCAGCAUCGUGGAGGCGUUAACGCUGGAGUGCUCGAAGUGCGUGGUGGUCCCUCUCGCGGCUGAGUUCACGCCUGAGCUGGCUUCUGCGUAUGCGGCCUGGGCCUCUACUCCUGUUGCCCAGUGGCGAGACCUUCUGGUCAGAGAUAGCUUCAAUACCUGGGUGUGCUGCUUGGCCCGAGCGUGACCCGUAAGUCUUGGCGAGAGCCGCUCGCUAAAUGG